AUGCCAUCUUAUGCCAAGUUCCUCAAGGACAUUUUGUCGAACAAGAGAAAGCUUAAGGAUGAGUUACUAACACUACCACACCAAGUAAGUGCUCUUGUUCAACAUAAAAUGCCCAAGAAACAAAGAGAUCCCGGAAGCUUUACAUUGCAGGUCAAGAUUGGGAAUUUGGAGGAAAAAGGAUCCCUAGUCGACCUUGGGGCUUGUGUUAGUCUCAUUCCACUAUCCAUUGCUCAACAACUCAACAUAGAGAUGAUUCCUACACGGAAGACUAUUCAACUUGUCGAUCGCUCGGUUAAAUUGCCUUGUGGAGAAAUUGAAGACGUUCCCAUCCAAGUGGGACAUAUCUAUGUACCGUGUGACUUUGUAGUGAUGGACAUGGAGGAGGAUGAAAAUACCCCUCUAAUUCUUGGAAGUGAAACUUUGAAGACCUUGGGAGCCGUGAUCAAUUGA